CAAGCCAAAAGGUGAAGGAGGAUACUGGUUUAGUUGUUGUUCUUGAGCGAUCAUCAAAUCAUCAGGAGCUCUGGGGUGGGCUUCGCACGCUCCCUCUGUCCCAUCACUGUUUGGGUCCUGCAAGUUUCACUUUUGAAGACAAAUCAGGAAAUGACUUAUCAACCCAAAGCCGCCGAGUUAUGAGCAUUUCUCGCUGCCAAGGAGAAGGGGAUUUCAUGCAAAGGCUUCACAUCUGCGCACCCUGAGUUCAAAGAAUCCAGCUGUUGGAAGUCCUUGAGAGCACUAGCCAAAGAUGUUUGUCUUGCUCUAUGUUACAAGCUUUGCCAUCUGUGCAAGUGGACAGCCUCGGGGCAACCAGGCCAAAGGAGAGAACUACAGCCCGAAGUACAUCUGUAGCAUCCCUGGCUUAUCUGGACCUCCAGGCCCGCCUGGAGCAAAUGGCUCACCUGGGCCCCAUGGCCGCAUUGGCCUUCCGGGAAGAGAUGGCAGAGAUGGCAGGAAGGGAGAGAAAGGUGAAAAAGGAACUGCAGGUCUAAGAGGUAAGACUGGACCCCUGGGUCUUGCUGGAGAGAAAGGGGACCAAGGAGAGACCGGGAAGAAAGGACCCAUGGGACCCGAGGGAGAGAAAGGAGAAGUUGGUCCGGUGGGCCCUCCUGGAGCCAAGGGAGACCGUGGAGAACAGGGCCAGCCCGGGCUGCCCGGUGUGUGCAGAUGCGGCAGCCUGGUGCUCAAGUCCGCCUUUUCCGUGGGCAUCACAACCAGCUACCCCGAAGAAAGACUGCCUAUCCUAUUUAACAAGGUUCUCUUCAAUGAGGGGGAGCACUACAACCCCGCCACCGGGAAGUUCAUCUGCGCUUUCCCAGGAAUCUAUUAUUUUUCUUAUGAUAUCACGUUGGCCAACAAGCACCUAGCCAUCGGGCUGGUCCACAAUGGACAGUACCGGAUAAGGACCUUCGAUGCCAAUACGGGGAACCACGACGUCGCUUCCGGGUCCACUGUCAUCUACCUGCAGCCAGAGGAUGAAGUCUGGCUGGAGAUUUUCUUCAAUGACCAGAAUGGCCUCUUCUCAGACCCAGGCUGGGCAGAUAGCUUAUUUUCUGGAUUUCUCCUCUACGUUGACUCGGAUUAUCUGGAUUCCCUAUCAGAAGAUGAUGAACUGUGAACAUCACACCGAGGGACCUGAAUCUCACCACCCCAAGGGACCUGAAUCUUCCAAGAUCACUGUGGCUUUCAUCUGGGAUGAGGGGAAGAUGGAUCAAGCAGGAAGGAAGGGGCACCAAAGCCACUCGGCAGCUUUUAAGGAAUAGUUCUGGCAGAAUUUAUCAAAACAAGGUAAAACACCAAAGAGUUGCAACCACACCAAGAUGAACUCUAUAGAAUAGCCUCCAGAUAUUGCUUUCUCUGGAAAGUCAUGUUCGUAAAUAUUUAAACAAAUUGAAAACAAUGUUAACAAAAAAUUUAUUAAAUGUCCUUAAUGAUAAAAAUCAGCUGGCAAUGUUAUUGCCUUAUUAAAUCUUCAUAAAACUA